AUGGUUAUCCUUAAUGAAGGAAAUGUUUAUAAAUUAAAAUUAAAAAGUAUUGGUCUUAAAGAUGCUGGAAAAAUUGCAUUUCAAUGUGACGAAUGUGAUAUUGAUGUUAUUGUAUUAGAUAAUCGUGGAGUACCUGAAGGUCCAUUACAAACAACAGAUACAAAAAGAGAUAGUGUUUCACUUCAGUGGAAACCACCAAAAGAAAAUGGUGGUAGUGAUGUUACAGCUGAAAAUAUUUAUGGUAUUGGUGAACCAUUAGAAACAACAUCCGCUAUAACUGUUAAACCACCAUAUGAUGCACCUGAUGCACCAGGUACACCUGAAUGUAUAGGACAUACAAGUGAAUCAAUAACAUUACAAUGGACACGAUCACAAAUUGAUGGUGGAAAUCCAAUUCGAGGUUAUUUGAUUGAAAAGAAAGAAAAAGGAACUGAUCGAUGGAUUCUUGUUAAUCGUGAACCAGUUGCAGGUGCUGAAUAUACUGUUUCUGGUCUUGCUGAUGGCAAAGAAUAUGAAUUUCGUGUUGCUGCCGUUAAUAGAGCAGAUCCAGGAGAAUAUGCUAAAACUGAAGGACCAAAUCAAGCACGUCCACCUGAUGUUGCUCCACAUGAUAUUGAUUUCAGUGCAUUUAGUCCAAAAGAAAUCAUUGUUCGUGCUGCAGAAGAUUUUAAAAUAACUGUACCAUUUGUUGGUGUACCUGCACCACAAGUUACAUUUACUCAAAAUGGCAAUAAGAUUAAACCUGACGGCAACAAUCAAGUAACUGUUAAAGAUGGUAUUGCUGAACUUAUUGUAUCAAAAGUAAAAGGUGGUGAUACUGGAUUAUAUUCAUGUACUUUGAAAAAUUAUCUUGGACAAGAAACUGCUCAGAUGAAAGUUAUUGUUGUUGAUAAACUAGAUACACCCGAAGGACCAUUGAAUAUUUCUAAUGUAAAACCUGAUUCAUGUUUAUUGACAUGGAAACCAUCAAAACCUGAUGGUGGUUCACCAAUUACUAAUUAUACUAUUGAAAAAUUUGAUACGAAAAAAGGUGAAUGGCAAAAAGUAUCAAGUUUUUGUCGUUCACUAUUUUAUAAAGUAACUGGACUUAAUGAAGAUAUGGAACCUAAAACGGAUUCGAACAACUUUCUGAAAUACUUUGCAGGUUUCGUGCAUUUAUACGAAACCCUAAAAGAUCCUCCAAUGAGUACAGGUAUGAUAAUAAACCUAUUUUUUAGUGUACCUUUAGUACCAUAUUCUUUUGACAAAAGAAUGAAAGUUUCGAACCCGAAAUUUCUAACAAUAGGUGUAUCGUGUAUGUAA